AUGGCGGGACAGGAGUAUGCGGGGAGGGGUGAGGAACAUGGGGUAUGCACUCACGAGGCGCUUUAUGUGCCGGAAGGUGCGAACGCAGACCCUUUGCGGGUGGCUGAUGAGGAAUGGAUGAGCAAGCCCCUGCACGCGUACGACAAUAUUGAUUACGGGGACGAUGUCAUCGAGCGCGUCGUGAUCGACCUCGAUGUGGAGAUGCGUUCAGGCCGAUCGAAGCGCUCGCCGUCGGCGCCUGUGCCCACCUGGCUCCGACGCAGCCCACAGGCACUAUCCCAGCCCAUCUCCGACUCGAAAGUGGUUUGGCGUCCGAAUCGGGAAGUCGAGCUCCGCAAGAUUUCAGAGUUACAAGAGUUGCAUGACGAUUUGACGGACGCCCCGUAG